CAGAGGGCGGCCGGGGCGCGGCCACCUGCAGGAGCCGAGCGUGUGCACCUGCGGCGCUCGCUCCCGGUCCGGGGUAGAGAGCUGCGAGUGCCCUGCCGGCCCAGCUUCCCGGCGCAGCCCGCUCGUGCGCACACGUGCGCCGUGUCCUUGAAGAGACCCAUCCAUGGAAGGCAAUCCCUUGCUGGUAUCCAAACAGAAGACGGAAGUGGUGUGUGGGGUCCCCACGCAGGUGGUCUGCACGGCCUUCAGCAGUCACAUCCUGGUCGUGGUGACCCAGUUCGGGAAGAUGGGUACCCUGGUCUCCCUGGAGCCCAGCGCCGUGGCCAGUGACAUCAGCAAGCCCGUGCUCACCACGAAGGUCCUUCUUGGGCAGGACGAGCCUCUCAUCCAUGUCUUUGCAAAGAACCUGGUGACGUUCGUGUCUCAGGAAGCUGGAAACAGAGCAGUUCUCUUGGCCAUGGCCGUGAAGGACAGGAGCGUGGAGGGGCUGAAGGCCUUGAAGGAGGUGAUCCAGUCAUGCCAGGUGUGGUGACCCUGGAGCCGGCAGCCGCGCCUGCUACUCAGCGGGCCGAGGGGACACGCAGACGCCCUCUCGUUUCGGAGACCCUCCCUUGGUCAGGAAGGAGGAGGAACUCUGGCGUUAGCUUUUAGAAGCCAGUAGUUCGCACAUCCCGGCCCGACUCUUACUCUGGGUGCUAACGUACCCUUGGGUGGAGGGAAGUUGCGGAGUGUGUCUUGGGGGUUGUGAACGGUUCUCACCAGGGUCCGAAUAGCUGCGUGUAUUUGAGAACUGAAAGAGGAGUCAUCAGGUAUGAGUCCUGGUGCUCUACGUGCAGUAUCUGUUGUUGAAGGACAUUUUUUUUUAUUCAAAAUAAAUGCGUAUCCCAAAAUA